AUGAAUGCCAUACAACUUUACGUACACAAUUUUAAUUCUCUUGGAAUCCUCUGGGACGCCAUCAUCUGUUUGCGCCGAAUCCUCGUUUGGUCCACUGAUACCUGCACAAAUGUGCGGACUCUGACUGGCCAUCGACGUGGUAUCGCUUGUCUACAGUACCGCGAUCGCCUGGUCGUAUCUGGCAGCUCAGAUAACACGAUUCGCAUCUGGGAUAUUGAGACGGGAGUCUGCUUCCGUGUACUCGAGGGUCAUGAGGAGUUGGUGCGUUGCAUCCGGUUCGAUUCUAAGCGGAUAGUCUCUGGUGCCUAUGAUGGGUUAGUUUUAUCUAAACUUCCUUUAUACUAUCUACUUCUUCAACACAUCUUGUAUUCUGUUCUAGAUAUAUUUAUGUGA